AUGACGACACAACUCCUUUCCACGGAGCUGGCCAAUCUUAUCCAGGAGAGUAAGAGGAAGCAUAAUGACCUGCGACAAGCCGCAGAGAAAUCGCUAGAAGAGUUAAGAAAUUUGAGAAAUCCGUCUGAACAGACUGCCCCUGAAGGUCUAGGAGCUCCCCGCUCAUGUGGAACGAAAAAUGCGAAAUUCACUGCAAUCGCAAUUGUCUGUCUUCAGCGCCUCAUCGUCUCCCAGGCUUUACCACGUUCAAAGCUGAACCAGGUCUUGGAGGCGUUGAUGCAAGCUACAUCAGCUGGUCUCGAUGUACAGCUCAAGAUUUUGCAGGCGCUGCCGUCUCUUGUUCAGAAUUACGCGUCAGACCUUAAAGGGAACCUGUUGGUCACAACGCUGAACAUUUGCUUUACUCUCCAGAGUAGCAAAAAUGCUAUCGUGAACCAUACUUCGGCCGCGACGCUCCAGCAAUUGGUCGUCUCGGUAUUUGACAAGGUCGUUGCUGAAGACAAGAAAGCGGGUGAAGGAUCUGGAAACAGUGAUCCAGAAUACUCAGAAAAUCAUCCUGCAGCAACCGACGCCUAUCGGAUAUUCAACGACCUCUGUCUCAUGACGGAAAAUCAACGGCCAGAAUUCAUUCGAGUCUCGGGGCUUCAACAGACAUUUGGACUGGAACUUAUCGAAUCCGUUAUAACAAAUCAUGCCACUGUCUUCAGUAAUCAUCCCGAGCAAGCUCAGAUCCUACGCAGCAGGGUUAUGCCACUACUGAUAGCGGCACUGAAGGCAAAGCCAAAUUUUGCAACCACAGUGCGACUGAUGCGAAUUCUGUACACAAUGCUGCGUAGACACAUCAGCAUCUUGCCUUCAGAAUGUGGCGAGGCACUGGUUGUGCUAACACUGAUUCUUGACCACGAUGAGACUCUAUGGAAAAGAGCAUUAUGCAUGGAGGUCUUUCGAGGAAUCUUUGCGGACCACGCUCUUCUCAGGCGAAUCUAUGCCAUGUUCGAUGCGACUGAAGGAGAAAAGGACGUCCUUAAACCUUUGAUAGCUACAUUCGUGCGUUUGAGUACCGAGAAGCCUGCCGUAAUCGGUCUUGGCCCUCAAUCAUCAUUGCCUACGGCCAGCUCAAACACCGGAAACUCGUCUGAGCAAGCUAUUGCUGAGGCCAGUGGCAUGACUGGACUAAUGACAGGGCCAGUUGGAUCAGAACUCACAACAACGGGUAUUAGCACGCAAUUUAGUUCGGUUCGUGUUCCGUGUAUUGAUCAACUUGAUAAGACGGAAGCUCCCUCGAUCCCCGAAUCUUACCUAUACAGCCUGAUACUGAACUGUAUCUCGUCUCUUUCUGACGGUCUUGCCAAGUUCGUCUUGUCCUUGACAGUCCCAAGCGAAGCUAGAAAGAAGAGAGCGUCCAGACAGGAAUUUGGACGAGACUCUCCAGUACCAGAGCAAGACAGUGCAUCUCCAAAGGGCAAGCUGGAAAGGUCGACGUCGUUCAGAAGGAACCCUAUUCCCUUGAACCCACUCUCAUUGGAGGAUCAUCCCCAGCAUGCUGAGGUCAAGAUUUGUGCCACAAUCGUCGAGGAAUGCUGGCCAGCCAUUCUUGCGACUUGCUCAACGUUCUUAUACGCUGCCCUAGAUUCUGAGUAUUACCACGGACUGGUGCGUGCGUUCCAGCGAUUUGCACACGUUGCUGGUUUGUUGCAACUGUCAACACCUCGCGAUGCUUUCCUCACAACGUUGGGCAAGGCAGCUGUUCCGCCUAAUGUUCUUACUGCGUGUGUCAACUCUGGUCAGGGCCGCCCACAGACACCGAGCACACCAACCGAUGGCAGUCUAUUUAGCAAUGCCCGAGGGCUACUCAGUGUCGAUAGCCUCACACCCACCACGCCUACAGCCGACAAGGGACGAAAUGCAUCCUUUGAUGCUUCAGUCGCUUCCUUGAACACUCGCAAUCUAUUAUGUCUACGAGCACUUUUGAACCUGGGCAUAGCGUUGGGGCCAACUUUGUCCGGUGCUUGGUAUAUCAUACUGGAGACUUUGCAGCAGGCAGACUUUGUGCUUUACGUUAGUGGAAAAGCUCCUGGUAGGACAUCAAGACCCGACCCAGGGGCUGAUAAUGAGAUGGCAACGUUGAUGCAAAACUUCAGUUCUGAGGUUCGUGCGGUUGAGACUGCAGCUUCGAGACUCAUUGAAAGUACAGCCGACUUCCCCAAUGAAUCGUUCCUAGAAGUCGUGGCGGCCAUUUGCAGUUUGUUAGUGCAAAAGCUACCUGAGAAGUCUGAAGACACGGCUUCGCAAAAACAAGCGCCGUCUGAUGAACAGAAGCUCAAGGCUCCCGCUACUCAAGGCCGUAGAGCUUCUGGGCAGAUGAUGUCCGGAUCAACCCAGGAAGAAAAGUUUGCACUUGCUAAACUUGGCGAGCUCGCCAGUAUCAAUAUUGAUCGACUAUUGGAAUACAGUCCUAAAGAGUCUGGCUGGAAUGUAUUGACAGAGAAGCUGAUCGACACCUUGACCUCGUCACAGACGAACUCGUCUGUCCGAACAAGGGCAGCUGAAAUUCUUGUCAAGCUGGUCCUGGAAGCUGCCAAUGUUACUUCUUCAUUACCGGAAGAGGACCGUGGCGAGAAGCAACUGCGGUUCUUUGAGGCUCUUCGUAGGUCGCUAGAGCCUCUGCUCAAGGCAGAUCGUGAAGUUUCCCUCGCAAGCCAUUCAACGGAUAUCGACAUCCACAAAAUCAUCCUUGAUGGCCUUCAAAGUAUCAUAGAGGGUAACGGAGAGACCUUGAUCAAGGGAUGGGAUAUAGCUUUCGAAAUCAUCGGUACCAUAUUUGUUACGAGAGAUGUCAACCACGAGUAUCGCCGUGGCUCAGUGGCCAACCCAAUCCUUCUCGACACCCGAUCAGCAAAGCUCAUCAGGUCAUCUUUUAACUCCCUUCAACUCAUCUGCUCAGACUUCCUGGCCUCACUACCAAACUCAUGCUUCUUGAUUCUUGUCGAUAAUCUCUACAAGUUCUGCUCACAAGAUGACGAUCUUAAUAUUGCUUUGACGACCGUAACCUUCUUCUGGGUGUUGAGCGACUUCCUAUCCUCAAAGAACGAGUCACUCGACAUCCCUCCAGAGAUGAUGCAAUUGACGGAUGUAUCUGAUCUUGAAAAGAUGGCAGCCGACCAAAGCCACAAGUGCUCUGAUGCAGCCUUGUGGAUGCUGUUGUUGCUCCGAUUGACGAACGUUACUACUGAUGAUAGACUCGAGCUUCGUAACAGUGCCAUUCAGACUUUGCUCAGAAUUUUCGAUGCAUACGGCGACCGACUUAACCCCGAGUCGUGGUCAAUAUGCGUCAAGUCAGUUAUUUUCAAGCUUUUGUCGUCAAUCGAGCAGGAGAUCAAGGUACUGCAGUCAGGAGAAGAGGAAGAAGCGGACGAUGGCGACCGAGCUGAAUGGACAGAGACGGCUGUUGUCGUCCUAAACGGUAUCUCGAGCCUUCUAGCCAAUUACCUCGAUAUCCUUGUGGUUCAUCCCUCGUUCGACGACCUGUGGAAAGAACUGCUUACUCAUUUCACUACUUUGCUGGAUUUCAGCGUUCUCGAUAUCAAUACUGCGAUAUUCAAAGCUCUUGCUCAUAUUCUCUCCGAGACCAACAACGAUGGCAAGUCUGAUUUCAGCAAGACCGCGAUCAACAGUUCAUGGGACCUAUGGGCAAGAGGAGUCCCGACCUCCAAAGCUAUCGACGACAAGGCCGAAGACAACCAAAAUUGUCUUGUUGCCUACGUUUCUGUCCUGACCGAAAUUUAUCGACUCAUUAAAGAUGAUCUCGAGGUAGAGAGAGUAGGCAGGAUCCUGAAGUUGCUCCGCGAAACCUUGGACGAAGCCACCGUUGGUAGUUUUGUCUCAGACAUCGAAUAUGUGACGCCUUUACAGGCACACAUCCUUGAAGCUGUUCAGAUGAUCCGAACCGACAUCAAAGGAGUUCCAUCCGCCAUGAUCACACAGGUUGCGGACUUUGCGAUCUUGCCUUUCGUGCAGCCCAGUCCGUCCAAGCCUGGUUCUAAGCGCACUUACAUUGCGCUCUCAAAGAUGAGUAUGCAGACACUCGAGAAGCUCAUCCUUGAGCAUGCAUCGGACUCGGAUAUCUAUAGCAGCAACUCAUUUUACGAGGCUCUGAAGGCUUUAUGCAAGCCAAUCGCGCUGAAGUACGGCUUUUCUACAAUUACUAAAUCGACACAACCAUGGAGGCUGGCCACCUCUACAGCGCUCACGAUCCUUGAAGCGACUCUGACACAUAUUAUUAGUCUUGAUCUCUCAAAGGAAGUCACUAAGAACAUCUGGACUACUAUAGUGGCGAUUGCAGAUGGAAUCAUGAGUGCAGAUUGCAGUAUCGCUCCCUCAGAAACCGACUUCUCUGACGACGAGGCUUUCGAUAUUGCAGCUUUCCACAAGAUACGAGAACUGAUUAUACCCUCUCUUGGAGCGACAGCUGUUCCUGAAAGGGCCAGAGCGGCUUACGCAGAAAGUCUCUUUAAGACAUCAAUAAUCCACGCACCUUCGCCAGAAGAGGAGUCAAUAAUCAAUGGGACACACGCGAAAGGUCUAUCGGCACUGUAUAACUCUCGAGCAGGCCGAACGGUGUCUGUUCCUCCAGCGAAGCGCGUCAGGAUGGCUUAUGACGCUUGUGAGGUCCUGUUUGCCAUGGUCUCUGCCAAAGACGAGCCCACAAUAGUCAUUCAACCUCCGACGCCUCAAUUCCCUGAUCCCAAGCACAGCCGUUUCGCCGAGUCACCUGUUACUCUCUACGCAAGAAUUGCUAGCACAGCUGCACCAUUCCUCAUACUUCGAUGUGCGUUGACAUUAAGGGCAUACAUCGCUGAUCAGCCUCUUCGGGGCAGAAUGCCUCAGCCUUUGAGUCAGCGAAAAGAGUUGACAUGGAUUCUACGGAAACUUGUUGAUUUGAAGAGCGAUAAGGACGCCAUUCCUGAGUUGAGAAAUGUUGAGAGCGAGGGAAGGAAGCAUCUACUAAGACUGUAUCCUCUUAUUGUCAGAGCUUCUGGUGUAAGUGGGCACGAUGCAGUUGGCAGUUUGUUGAGAGAAGCCCUGGAGGUUGUAGGAGAAGAGCUAGGAAUUGAAGGUUAG